GGUUGUUUCUGACUGUGGGGAUGAGUUGGAGGUAGAAAUCUCGCGAAUUGUCGUUAUAAUUUUCAAUAAACGCAAUACUGUACAUAAUUAAAGCUUAAACAAAGAAUGCGAAGGGUUACGCUUUUUGUCAACGGCUCCUCCAAAAAUGGCAAGGUUGUAGCAGUAUAUGGCACUUUGUCAGACCUCUUAUCCGUUGCCAGCAAUAAACUGGGAAUCAGGGCUAGUAACUUAUACAACGGCAAGGGAGGGCUCAUCGAUGAUAUAGCACUGAUUAGAGAUGAUGAUGUGCUGUAUGUGUCAGAGGGAGAUGCAUUUGUCGAUCCUCAGAGUGAGGGGAAGGCAGCCGAGGACCGUUCAGGCUCCCACACGGAUUGGCUGACUUUGAAUAUUGGUGGGCGGCUCUUCACGACCACACGGAGUACUCUUGUGAGUAAGGAGCCUGAUAGCAUGCUGGCCCACAUGUUUAGAGAGAAGGAUGUGUGGGGCAACAAGCAAGAUGAGCGAGGAGCCUACCUCAUCGACCGAAGUCCAGAGUACUUUGAGCCUAUUCUGAACUACCUUCGACAUGGGCAACUUAUUGUUAAUGAAGGAAUCAAUUUACUGGGGGUACUGGAAGAAGCACGGUUCUUUGGAAUUGAGCGACUUGCUGAACAGCUGGAAGUUGCCAUUAAGAACUCCCAUCCUCCUGAGGAUCACUCUCCCAUCUCCAGAAAAGAGUUUGUGCGUUUUCUUCUUGCCACGCCCACCAAAUCAGAGCUGCGCUGUCAGGGUCUAAAUUUCAGUGGGGCAGACCUUUCUCGACUAGACCUGCGCUAUAUCAAUUUCAAGAUGGCUAACCUGAGCCGCUGCAAUCUCAGCCAAGCAAACCUAUGCUGCUCAAACCUGGAGAGGGCCGACCUCUCUGGGGCAAACCUGGAUGGUGCUAACUUGCAGGGUGUUAAGAUGCUGUGCUCUAAUGCUGAAGGUGCCUCACUGAAGGGCUGCAACUUUGAGGACCCCUCUGGACUUAAAGCCAACCUGGAGGGUGCCAAUCUGAAGGGGGUGGAUAUGGAGGGCAGUCAAAUGACUGGUAUAAACCUGCGCGUGGCUACAUUGAAGAAUGCCAAGCUGAAGAACUGCAACCUGCGUGGGGCCACAUUAGCAGGGACUGAUCUAGAGAACUGUGACCUCUCAGGCUGUGACCUACAGGAAGCGAAUUUGCGUGGCUCAAAUGUGAAGGGAGCUAUCUUUGAAGAGAUGCUGACUCCACUGCACAUGUCGCAGAGUGUGAGAUAGCCACACCACAUUACUCCACGCUCUCAGUUACUUAGUAGCCAGCCUAUCGCAGUACAUUAUGUCAUGUGAUGCACACCUUUGGAACCAAUAUAUGCAAUAUUGGCAUCCCCUCCCCCCAAAAAAGACCCCCCCUCCCCCCCAAGCUUUACUCUCUUGCACUAGUGCACACCCAGGGUCUUUAUUGGCGAAAGCCUCAUGUAGGAUUCCAAAUACAUAACUCUCCAUCUUGACCAUGUGUUAUACCAAAUGUAUUUUUAUGUGUGUGUAUUUAUAUUUAUGUUGGAUUUAAUCCACAGGAGGUGGUUUCCCAGACACAAAUUAAGGCCAGUCUUGGACUAAAGUAUGGUGUCACUUCUUAUUCUCUAAUCAAAAUCCCGUUUAGUCUCAAGCUCGGCUUAAUUUGUAUCUAGGAAACCGACUGUAAGUGUUAUAAGUUUGAUUUUUAGUGAAUGUAUACCUUUUUUCAUCUGUUGUGGAAGUAAGUUUAGUAAUAUUGAAACAACCAAAUAUCUAUUGCAUUUUAGUUUUAGAAAGUGCAUAUAUGUGAUAUGCAAGUUUCUCUAUAGCUGCGAUCAAACUGCAGGAAAAAGUGGCCCAGAUCCAAACCUGAUUUUGCUCUUUGCGUUUUAAAAGGGAAUUCCACCCAUCAUUCAGAGCGGUUUGACAUUUGUCUGAUUCGCGCUCAUGAACUGACCUGCAGGUGCAAUAGACCACUGAUCCACCCAACAUGCUCAUCCAAAUACAGCUGUCCUAACUUUGAUUAAAAGAUUUCUUUUACGUGACACUGAACUUCAACAUGUGCAAACCGAUACUGUACCCUUGGAAGGCAAUCAGAAUACACUUAAACAACUAAAUUUUACAGAAAAGAGUCAAAAUUGUUCAUUUCCGUUCUAGUUUUAAAGAGGAAUUCCCCCCAUUUUUCAAACUUUCUGCAUGCCCAGUGGCAGAGAUGUAAAUAAAUUCAUUCAGAGUGGUUUGAUAUGAAAUUCUCAAUUGUAGAGAAACUUACAGACUGGAUUUCCUGCAGUUGUGGUGAUAGGAACCAGAGGUCACAGUGUUUACAACACAAAUACAGCAAAUUUAUUUACUGUCCAAAAUCUCCACUGAACCUACACCUAUAGUUUCUAUGUAGAAUGUUGAUGAAGGUAAAAUAGUGGUACAACUGAAAUUCUAUGGGGAUUAAUUUGCCCUAUAACUCCUUGCAUAUACUCCUCCACCAUGAAUGGAUUUAAAAACAUUUUACGCCACAAAUAUGUAAAACAAUGUGUCAGGCAUCAGUGUGUUUACAACUAUUUAAUGUAGUAACUUUCUGUGAGGAAGCUUUUAGAAGCAUUAAACUCUUCAGACAUCUAGUUCCUAUCGCCACUAUGAACAAUUCUGACUUGAUACGUUUCUCUAGACGAGAGCAUUUCACACCAAAACAUUCAGAAUGACUUGACAUCUUAAGUAUUUAAUCCUGCAGAAAUUUAGCAAAAUUGGUGAAAUUCCCCUUUGAUUGGGGAAGCCAACCAAACAGAAAUGAUGCUGAGUUCUUUUGUUUAACUGCCUUGAAGAGGAAUGAUAGCAAGGGGAUGGAUACAAAAAUGUGAUGUAUCAUGCUUUGUUUUGUCACUCCUCUUCAGUCUUAUAUAUUCUGGAGACUUGAUCUGUGUGAGCCUCAUUUGACUCUUUUCUAAAUGUCUUUUAAGUAAAGCCGAAUAGCUGUUAGUGUUCUUGUUAGAAAGUGCUCAUUUUAUUUGUUUAUGCUGCCCUCGCUUGUCUCUCCAAAUUGAAAGGAGAUAUAAAGCACAGCCAUAGUAAUGCAUUUUAUUUAAGUUUUCAUGAAGCGUCUGUUUCCAUGCACCCAAAAUUAUGAUGAAAUGAAAAUUCAGUUGGAUUUAUGUAGAAGUUCAGUCCAGUUCCAGUUCAGUCACAUUGAGGUCACGUUGCUGCAUGAAGGAUUUCAGUUCCACAUAUAAAAGUUUGCUUAAAUCUGAACUGAAACUGUCAGAUUCAGCUGCCCUUAUUCAUCAAAGUUGUGUAUGGUCAAAUCAUGAAAUGACUGCCCACCAAUUACACUCACAGAUUUGUUAAUCAUCGUCUUUUGCGCAUCUGUACAGUUAAACUCAAAUCUAGUAGGUGUAUUAUGUGAUACCAGUUAUAAGAAUGAAAAAGGAAAAACCAAAGAAGAUGUACUUAUUUUACUUUCACAUUGAUAUAAACAAAAAAAUAAACAAUUUAAAACACAGCUAGUGCAGACGCAUCUCAUACACUACAAUAAUACGGCAUUUAAAAUGCUAUUUUAGUUAAAUAGUAAUCUACACUACAGUCACGUCAUUCUACCAUCUUAAGAAAAACUAAGAGGAUUUGUUUUUUACAUUGAAUUCUUUCUAGUCAUCGUAGUUUUAAGACUGUAAAGUUUGGUCAGUAGGAGGUGGCCAAAUCUGCUCUGUUUUUUUCUCACGGAUUUGAAUAAGCGUCAGUGGGUUUUUUGCCAUUGAUACUGCUACACAAAACACAAAUCUGUGUCACAUAUGAAGAAAAAGAUUGGACAUGGGCCACUUUUACCUGCAGUGUGAAUGUAACUUAUGAAUCUUUAAAAAGCUCUCUUGCGUAGUAACAGUAGCCUUGCUGUACCAGUACAUAUAGAUCGGAGCAUUGAGUUUGUGGUUUGCCAAUGACUGGCAGUUAAUGCAUUCGUGUUUCAGAGUUCUGGAAUAUUUUAGGAGUUUAAGACUCUGAAAUUGGUGAAAUGUUGAAGUUAGGCAGAGCAGCCUUUUCUGAGGCUUUUCUUGAUUUUCAAGGGCACGUCAGGUUCAGUUUGAAGCCAUAUUAUAUCGUGCAUGCUUAAGGAGGCAAAAUCUUGAUAUCUGUGUAGCAUAUGAAAGAAAAGGGUGAUGGAUUCCAUAACCUCAUAUUUCUAUAUCAAUUUUCUAGGUUAGGCAUGCAGUUAAAUAUGCAAUAUAAAUGUAUUAGUGCUGUCUGUUUUUGACGUUUCUGUUGUGCAAAUGCAAAUGACAGCAGUUUGUAUCACUUUCGUUUGUUUGCUGGUUUGUUCCAAAUCUACCUCUCACUUAGGAUACUGACCGUUUUUUUUUUUUUUUUUUUUUUUUUUGCUGUUUUUGUGAGUUUGGGUUUUUUUUGGCCAUUGUCAAUGCUGUUCUCUUGGAUUCUCAUGCGAAGGCUUGUGCUGACUGUGAGUGGAUAGACGCUAGGAUGUUAAAUGAAAGAUAAAUUACCAAAUUGCUGUUGUAUUUUUGAGUUAUGCACACCCUGUGGCUAUCAACUCGAGGUAUAAUGAUACUAGCCUAUUAAUUAAUAUGCAGAACAGUUCACCAGUAGCAAGACAACACUGCUUUGAAUGAUGAUUUGUGUAUUGUGUGACUGUUUCUCAACAGAUAUUUCUUAGUUUUUUUUCUUGACAUUAUUAGUAGUGUAACUACUAAUAAAAAUGUCUUUGUUCAGGCAAAACCAAAAAGCUUUGAAUGGGGUGCUUACCUGUCAGAUAGAGUGCUUCCCUCAGCGUAAUCGCAUAAAACCGUUCCUUGCUGAUUUGACAGGCCUGAAAUCAUUGUCACUGACCGCAUUAGCAUCAAGUCGUGGUCAUCCGUAUGCCCACUUAGCACUUAUUUAUAUUGUCCACGCUUUGUCUGUAAGCCUAUUACAAUAAUAUGUUUGUGUAGUGUUUGCUGAUUCCUUACCUACUGCCCUGCAGUUCAUGUAAUGCUUUCAAUGUUAAUAUUAUUCCCAUGGGGUCAGACCUGCUCUUGAUAUAAGAAUGCAUGUCUGGAGACACUUGUUAAGCUUUUGCACACCCAAUCACCUGCAGACAAGGGUACGCUCCCUCUAAAACCCACCCAGAUGUCUCUUGUCCAGGUCUAGAACACAAGCAAAACAAGUUAGCUAGCAAAACGCUAUCGUUAGCUAAUUAAACUUGUUAACGCUUGCCGGGGGCUCAUCUUCUUUUUUACUGUGUGUUCUCCACACUUGCUGCUCACAUCUACAUGCUUAUUUGGAGUUAAUAUGGGGGACUUUUAUGUUACAUCCAUGUGCUAACAACAGGCUUCUUAUACUUUGGACAGCAAACGCACAAAAUUAGCAAGUCACUUUUUUUAUUUUUUAUUUUUUUGAGCUUGUUUCCACCCAAAUAUAUGCAUGUUCCCAAAAUUUCUUGUAGUUGUCCCCUAAUGUUCUCGUUACGAGAUCAUGUCUGGCCCCCAUGCGAGUGUUAAUAUCAGCUGGAUUAUUGCUGUGUGGUUAAAAACUAAGUCAGACCUGUUUUCUGGCAAUAGCUUAAAGUUAAUGGGAUUCAAUAUGCUGUUACUUCUCUGAUGUAUGUAAUUGUAGGUACUCCUGUUGAAUGAAGGCAAUCAAAGCAGACUUCUGCACUUUAAGUGUGAGUCUAAAUUUACUGGACCCUUGACGAAAGGGCCCAGGCUAUUUAUGUAUGUAUGUUAUGUAUGUAAUCAGGCUAUAUUUAUGGCAGGUGAAAAAAGAGAUGUCCUCUACUUUCACCUCACUAUCUUGCACUCACUAUUACGGAAGUGUAUUUCCAUAAACAGACUGUUAUAAUCAAA